UUUUUUUUUUUUUUUUUUUUUUUGCCCCAGCCAGUCCUCUCGUUGAACUGAAGCCUCCUCCUCCUGGCCUGGUCUUCUUCCCCCAAACUUCCUCACCUCACCUCACUUCAACGUCCGGCCCAUUCUUCCUCCGGCUUCAAUUUGAAGCUCCAUUUCUUCUUCCCUCGCUGUGCACGCGCUGCUCUCUUGCUUUCCGGCCGGUUCCCUGACCUAUCUAUCUAUCUUCGAUUCGAUUAGCACCGCUUGAUGGCCAGAUAUUCAACACUGCUUUCUUCCAACCUAUUGGCUUCCACCGCAUUGAUAGCUUGUGGACGACCGCCUUGAGUACUCUCCUCCCCCCCCCCCCCCCAAAGGCGGACUUGGGCCUAUCGAUAGGCAAUUUCCUCGGAAACUGUUUUCGAAGUUCUUUGCCGCCUGUGUAUCUGUUGGGGUUUUUUUUUUUUUUUUUUUUUUUUUUUUUCACGCGUUGGACUUUGCUCGAGCUCCAUUCAACUUGACCAUGCUACACUCGUGGUGAUCUAAUCAACAUUUUCAUGGCUGGAUGUCCGUGACCUUUUCUACGAGACCUUUUUACGCCAAACUCUUCACUCUGUCACAAAGUUUCACAUCGCAAUCAUGUCACAACCACCACGGGACGAUGACUCCCUUCCUCCUGCGGGCCCUCCUCUACGGCGCGAGCGUGCACCUACCAUUACAAUAGAUACGUCCGCUGUGAGCGCAGGCGGCGAGCUAUCCCAACCCCAAGAUCCCCUAGAUGGAACACAACCCACCCCGCGGAUUCCACCCGAAGAUUCAGAUGCAGGCUCCAGACGCUCCGGCGAACCCCCAUCCCCUACUGAGCUGCGCUCUGUUCAGUCCUUUGAGGGAAGGGAUAAGGGAAGCCGCCCAACCUCGCCCCAUAACGUUUCAUCACCGACUACAAAAUGGCCCGAAAGCCAAUCCCAGAACUUCUUAGCCGUUCCUGGAACUCGAUCGCGGGUAAACUCUGUGGAUUCCGAGGAGGCAGGCAAUUCUCCUGGUUCUGUUGAGAGUGACACCUAUGUUGCGUCCGCGCCUUCAGGUCAAGAUCGCCGGUCACGAGAUGUUGACCGUGAUGUACACGACAUUAUAAGUGACCCAGAUGCGCUGAAGCCGGAUCCUGGCACGGAGGAUGAUUUUGUGGUCAAAGAUAAUAAAUUCGCAUUUACCCCGGGUCAUUUGAACAAAAUGCUGAAUCCCAAAAGUCUAUCCGCCUUCUACGCUCUCGGUGGACUCGCAGGGCUUGAAAAGGGACUACGAUCAAAUUGCCAGACAGGUCUCAGUCUCGAUGAAACAACUUGGGAAGGGACGGUUAGCUUUGAGGAGGCGACAAAGCAGAGGAGUCGGGUUACCGUGCUGGAUAUGAAGAUGCCCCCCCGCGUGAUGAGCAUGAAAGCGGACACCCAUCACCACCAUGCCAAGGAGCGCCAAUUUAUCGACCGGAAACGUGUCUUCAGCGAUAAUCGACUGCCAGCAAAGAAGGCUAAAUCUAUAUGGGAACUCGCCUGGAUCGCCUACAACGACAAAGUACUGAUACUACUCUCGGUGGCGGCCGCUAUAUCUCUUGCCCUCGGAAUAUACCAGUCCAUCACAGCCGCAGAGGGCGAACCCAGGAUACAGUGGGUGGAAGGAGUGGCUAUCAUCGUUGCUAUUGUUGUUGUGGUUGCUGUCGGUGCUGCCAAUGACUGGCAGAAGGAACGGCAGUUUGUGAAGCUCAACAAGAAAAAGGAGGACCGGUCAGUCAAGGUUAUACGGUCUGGAAAAUCCGUGGAAAUAUCUGUUUAUGAUAUUCUGGCUGGGGAUGUGAUGCACCUAGAACCAGGUGACAUGGUUCCCGUUGAUGGCGUGUUUAUUCAAGGGCACAACGUGAAAUGUGAUGAAUCCUCCGCUACCGGCGAAUCUGAUCUGUUGCGGAAAGUCUCCGGGGCGGAUGCAUAUCGAGCCAUUGAAAACCAUGAAAGCCUUGCAAAAAUAGACCCGUUUAUCUUGUCAGGAGCUAAAGUUUCUGAGGGUGUUGGCACGUUCCUUGUCACUUCCACCGGUGUUAAUUCCAGCUACGGGAAAACUAUGAUGUCGCUCCAAGAUGAGGGAGAGACAACGCCUUUACAGACGAAGCUUAACAUUCUCGCUACAUACAUUGCGAAACUCGGUCUUGCAGCGGGUCUAUUGCUCUUCGUGGUCUUGUUCAUCAAAUUUUUAGCGAGUUUGCAAAGUAUUGCGGGCCCUACUGCCAGAGGGCAAAAUUUCCUUCAGAUCUUCAUCGUCGCCGUUACCAUCAUUGUUGUUGCAGUCCCAGAAGGAUUACCGCUCGCUGUAACACUAGCACUGUCGUUCGCCACAAGCAGGAUGUUAAAGGACAACAACUUGGUGCGUCUAUUAAGAGCUUGCGAGACCAUGGGUAAUGCGACCACAAUUUGCUCGGAUAAGACGGGUACACUGACCCAGAAUAAAAUGACUGUUAUCGCCGGCACAAUUGGAACCGCUUCUCGAUUUGGCGACAAAGCUAGCCAGGGAAUCUCUGGCCAAAAUGGCAGUAAUCAAAAUUCUCCUGCUGCAGAGGUAAACGACGUCACCCCGACGGAAUGCAUCGCCACAUUAUCAUCUUCGGUGAAGGAUCUUUUAAAACAAUCCAUUGUGCUAAACUCAACGGCUUUCGAGGGUGAUGAAGAUGGCGUUACAACAUUUAUCGGGUCGAAAACCGAAACAGCACUCCUCAGCUUUGCUCGAGAUUAUCUUGCCUUGGGUUCGCUUAGCGAAGAAAGAUCUAAUGCAACAAUCGUUCAACUUAUACCGUUCGAUUCUGGUCGAAAAUGCAUGGGUGUCGUCAUGAAGCUGCCAAAUGGGAAAUUCAGGAUGUUUGUUAAGGGCGCUUCCGAGAUUCUCAUUGCUAAAUGCGCAAAAAUCGUUCUCGAUCCUGCUGGUGAUUUAGCAGAAACGCCCCUUACGAACAUCAACAGAACUACUCUUGAGGAUAUUGUAGAGAGUUACGCAUCAAGGUCGCUACGCACAAUUGGUAUGGUCUACCGAGAUUAUGAUCAGUGGCCCCCUCGCGGCUCCCCUACACAAGAGGACGAUCGCAGCAUGGCUGUUUUCGAACCAAUUUUCAAAGAUAUGGUCUUCCUAGGUGUAGUGGGUAUUCAAGAUCCUCUACGCCCGGGUGUUACGGAGUCUGUCAUUCAGUGUCAAAAGGCUGGAGUGUUUGUUAGGAUGGUUACCGGCGAUAAUUUAACAACAGCUAAAGCUAUAGCUCAAGAGUGUGGCAUCUUUACGGCCGGCGGAGUUGCAAUGGAGGGCCCGAGAUUCCGGAAACUUAGUUCCCAGCAAAUGAGCCAGCUCAUCCCAAGAUUGCAAGUCCUCGCACGAUCUAGCCCAGAAGAUAAAAAGAUAUUGGUUUCUCAACUGAAAAAGCUAGGGGAGACCGUUGCUGUCACUGGCGAUGGUACUAACGAUGCUCCAGCCCUGAAAGCAGCCGAUGUUGGUUUCUCCAUGGGUAUUGCUGGCACCGAAGUUGCCAAGGAGGCUUCGGCUAUUAUUCUCAUGGACGACAAUUUCACAUCUAUUGUGAAGGCCAUAUCUUGGGGAAGAACCGUUAAUGAUGCUGUGAAGAAAUUUUUACAGUUUCAAAUCACGGUCAACAUCACUGCUGUUAUCGUCACCUUCGUGUCGGCCGUAGCCGAUGAGGAUGAGGAAUCGGUACUUACAGCUGUUCAGCUGCUAUGGGUCAAUCUCAUCAUGGACUCAUUCGCUGCCUUGGCUCUAGCAACCGAUCCCCCAACCGAAACCAUUCUAGACCGGAAGCCUGAACCCAAAUCUGCCCCAUUAAUCACGUUGACCAUGUGGAAAAUGAUAAUAGGACAAUCGAUCUACCAGCUUGUCGUCAUAUUCAUUCUCAAUUUCGCAGGAGAAAAUAUUCUUAACUACGACUUCAAUGGGGGUAAUCGGGAAAAUGAAAGGGCCCGCUUUAAAGCCCUUAUUUUCAACACCUUCGUUUUUAUGCAGAUUUUCAAUCAAUACAAUUCCCGACGUAUUGACAAUGGCUUCAAUAUAUUCGAAGGAUUACUCCGCAAUCGAUGGUUCAUCGGCAUCCAGUUUAUUAUCGUCGCCGGUCAGGUCCUUAUCAUCUUCGUUGGUGGUGAAGCGUUUCAUACGAAACCUCUAAAUGGUGUCGAGUGGGGCGUAUCUAUCAUCCUAGGCCUCUUGUCCAUGCCGAUGGCUGUGAUUAUUCGGUUGAUACCAGACGAGUUCAUUCAAAAAUUAAUCCCUGAAGUCUGGACUCGCAAGAAGACGGGUCCACAAGUUUUCGUCUCCGACGAGGAUCGCUUCGAGUGGAACCCUGCUCUACAGGAAAUCAAAGAUCAGCUGGCAUUCCUCAAGACUGUCCGUGGUGGACGCCUCAAUCACUUGAAGCACAAACUGAAACAUCCGGAGAUUUUGAUCCCAAGAUCCAGGAGUGGCUCGAGAUCCCGAGAUAGCUCUAUCCCACAGACACCUGUCGACGGCGCGCAAGACGUUACAUCGCCGCCCCCAGGAACUCCGGAAUCACGCUCUCGCAACAGCCGGUCACGAUCCAACUCAAAUUUGAGACCGGCAGCGGUGAUGGCAGGCGUAGUUGCUGGUAGUAUUGGAGGUUGGUCGCCUGUGGGACGAGGCGUAGGAGAAGCAGAUUCGCUCAAGUUUUCACGGUCCAGUCGACACUCGGGUCUCGGAGACCAGAAGGGAAUUGAAGUCCAUCCCGAUACACGAGACGACGACCCCGUCGUCAGCGACUACCCAUACUCCACUCACGUUCCUCCAAGCCAGAAUCCAGACUUGGCACCAGAUUUCCCGCAUGGCCCUUCCCACUCGGGCCCUCCAAGUCACGGUCGACGAUCCACUUCUAGGCAAUCGAGGCAGUCGUCUAACAAUAACACCAAUAACAGGCCCCCAAGCCCAGCGGCUCCGCCGUCCUAAAUAUUUCCUUAACUAAGUUUCUACAUGCGAACAAAUUUGGGUGGUAAUAAGGGUGAUUUUCGCUAAUCUUUGCUGCAGAACUUGUCCUGCUCCUUUGUCCUUUACGUUUUGCCGCGGUCCGUUGCUGCGGGCAAACGUUUCUUUUAAUUAAUUCUAGGUCGAACCUAGAGUCUUAUUCCAUUCCGCACUCCCACCUGAAAUGCGACUUUUUGUUUGAGUCAGAUAUGUUCAAUACUGAGUAGAAUGCGCGUUUGGGUCUAUCAAAAAUACUUUUGUACUAAAAUGAAAAAAAAAAGGAAAAAAAGGGAAAAAAAAGGGAAAAAAGCGCAGUACAACAUUUGCAUAAGCUUGGCGUGUGGUUGGGGCCUGUUUUAUUUUCUUCUAUUUUUUCCUUUCCUCUUGACUGACUUGUUUCCCUUUCCUUUCCUCCUACCUUUCUUCCGACGGAGGCCACUUUUUUUCCAUUUUUCUUUCUCUAUCUCAGCUACCCCGGCUAUCGUUUUACUUAUUUUAUAUGUUACAUUUAUCAUGCCGCUGUCCCGGCCCAGGCCUUCGUUAGAUUAUCUUUUACUCUGCUCACUUCCCAUUCUCAUUUCUCCAGUUUACUUUUUUUGCCUCGCCAUCUCGUCGUGGGCAUUUCAUCUACACACUUCACUUUUGUUUCUGAAUGCUUUCAUUUUGUUUUUCAUGGCCUCCCCUUGAUUGCAUCCGCCCACUUCCCUAUUUUCUUCCUCUUUUCCUGCCAAUUAUUUCUUUAUAAUAGUAAAGAUCUAUUCUCCUCGUUUUCUAUUUUCGAUUACUGAUAUUUUCUUCUCUCUUCUCUUGACUUCUAUUUGCUUGCCCCUUGGCCAAUUUCGCAGAGAGGUUAGGGACACCUUUUUAAUUCGGAAACCUGUGGAUUCUCUCAUCCAGCUUGUUUCCCUUUUUCCUUUCGGCGUCUUUGAAAUACUACCCUGGUUGCGGAUUUUUUUUCUCCCGUCUCCCGUUCUCUCUUUUUUUUUUUUUUUUUUUUUUUUUUUUUUUUUUUUUUUUAAUUUGUACUCUUAUCUUCUAACUAUAGACGUUUGGGCGUGUGUUGCCAAAUAGGGAACAUCAUAAUUAAUAUCAGGUUACUUGAGAAAUUUCCACACUUACAAUUUUUGGCUUGGGGCUAUUUGCUAUACAUUCUGAGAGGAAGGACUCAUAUAUGUCCGUGAAUCACUCACUAUGUUUGAAAAACCUGAUAUGAUAAUGAUUGGCUAUGCUUGCCUUCGGAAUAACUUUGUGUAGUUGAGCAUUGGAGCAUUUGACGGUGUCUUUUUUGUCUUUUUUUGCCGCGCGCUAAUGUAGACAACAAGCAGAGCAGACCUGAAGACACCAAUUAUAGAUUUCUCUUAUCCAUGCUUACUGAGUAAAGUUAAAGCCCUACCUACCGUCAAAUCCCAGAAUGACAUCCCUUCCUUUCCCCCUGGCUUGCAUCUCGCCCUGGAGCACUGCGAAAGUAAGCAGCCAGUCUGGGUUCCCCGACCCAAAAACCCUUAGCAGCCUUGCUCUCAUAGGCCUAAUUCUUUGAAAAUGUUAAAGAUAUGACGAGGAA